AUGGACGAAAAGACCAAGGCAGCGACAGAUCUGGAGACACGCUUGACGCAGUUAAGUUUAGCAGUAAAGAGAUCGCAAUCUAUCAUCGAGUCAGGUAAGCGAGUAGCUAUAAAUAGGCAUCUCGAAGCGUUACAAACUACCGCUAAAGAAGCAUCACGAUGCAAACUCGCUGUCGAGGCAAUCAAAAUUGUCGAGAAAGAGGACCAAACUGUGAUAAACGAAUGGAGUAACGAGAUUGAUGCGAAAUUUGACGCGGCCGACGAGGCCACAAUACGACUCGAAAAAUGGCUUGCUGAUGCAGAUAAGGCCGAGCAGUUUGUAACGCAAGAGGAACAGUUGAAAUUUGAACUCAAGUUGCAUGAGAAAAAGCUGCAAAUGCAAGCUGAACUUGCCCAAUCCUCAGUAGAAAAACCGGAAACUCAGAAAUGUGAACAAUUUACAACACAAUCUGCCAAAUUGCCAAAGCUUGUGAUAUAAAAAUUUGAUGGCUCUUGCAUGAAUUGGCCUAAGUUUUGGGGACAGUUUAGCGAAGCAAUUGAUAAAAGUUCUGUCGCCCCGAUUACAAAGUUCACAUAUCUUUUGGAGCUACUCGAGCCCAAAGCAAAGCGUUGCGUUGAAGCCUUGCCCUUUAACCCCGAAGGGUAUAAUCGAGCAAAAGCCAUUUUGCAAGACAAAUAUGGCAAAGAGCCUGAAAUCAUCAAAUGUUAUGUGAAAGAAAUCUUAGACCUACCCAAUGUCACGGGAAAUAACCCUCGCAAGAUCGCGGAAUUUCACGAGAAACUUUCGCACUCAGUUCAAGCCCUCGAAACGAUGAAAAAACUGCAUGAAAUCAACGGGAAUGUUUCUAUGACCCUUGACAAAUUGUCUGGUAUCAGGGGGGAUUUGGUCCGAACCGAUCCCGACUGGGAAUCGUGGGACUUUGUUAAAUUAGUCGAGGCCCUAAGACAAUGGGUCAAACGAAAUCCUGCGGUCUCUAACGUCUCUAACGAUAAGGAACGAGAAGAGAACACUCGUAGAAAACUGUUUAACGCACGGGGGGAAGACGUUAGAAUAAAGGGAUGCGUUUAUUGCGGGGACACUGGCCAUAAAGCAAUACAAUGUGAGAAAAUCGUUGAGACAAGCGAGCGUAAGAAAAUUCUCGCAAGAAAGGGGUUAUGUUUCAACUGCGCUAUGAAACCCCACCGCGCAGCAGAUUGCCCUAGCAAGUCGUCAUGCCAACACUGUUCGAAACGCCAUCACUCGUCUAUAUGUGAUAAGAGAUCCGGAAGCGAACAAAAGUUGAUGACAGACGGUACGAGUGAUGACGGAAUAUUCCCUGUGGUUGUCGUUAAAGUAAAUGGCGUUAUGUGUCGCGCUUUGAUAGAUUCUGGCGCCGGAAGCUCCUACGCGUCUGCAAAUUUAGUUCAUAUGUUUGGAAAAAACCCCAGCGAAGUUAAAUCGCAGCGUAUCGAUAUGCUCAUGGCCUCAAAAACAACGCGAAUAGAAAUAUACGACGCCGAAGUGAGUUCCUUAGAUGAAAGUUUCAAAAUUAACGUGAAACUCUCGAAAGUCAACAAACCUGAGCUGUUGUUUGUAAAAAAAUCCUAACUACGACCAAUUGUUACGCAAGCACGACCAUCUGCGAGGCGUUACUAUGGACGACGGUGACACGAAGCCACAACUUCCCAUACAUCUGGUCCUAGGAAAUGGCGAGUACGCGCGCAUUAAGACCAGCAGUCAGCCAUUGAUCGGGAGAGAAGACGGCGAGCCCAUAGCAGAGAAAACGAAGUUUGGGUGGGUGAUAAUGAGCCCUGGGAUGGAAUUCGAGCGAAGCACGAUGCUCUUGACCCAGACCUCGCAAUCAGACUUUGAUAGGCUGUGCAGAUUGGAUGUUCUCGGGCUGGCUGAUUCCACAGAAAGCGACCAAAAUCUCGUCUACGAGGAUUUCAAGGAACAACUGUCUCGAAGCCCAUCCGGUUACUACGAAGCUAACCUGCCCUGGAAAGCGAACCACCCUCCGUUACCGACGAACGAGGCCGGAAGUCGUCGACGCCUGACCACCUUAGUGAGAAAAUUAAAGAGAGAUGGGAAUUAUGAACAGUACGAUAAAAUAAUACGUGAACAGCACGAACAGGGAAUUAUCGAAGAAGCGUCAAGCGAACCGACAGGUAAAGAGCAUUACCUUCCACACAAAGCAGUUUUAAGAAAGUCGGCUGAGACCACAAAGUUACGUAUCGUAUACGAUGCCUCAGCGAAGGAACAGAGCGACCAACCGUCCAUUAACGAGUGCCUUAAUCCUGGACCACCAUUACAGAACCUUUUAUGGGAAAUCCUACUUCGAUCACGAUUUUAUCCUGUCCUGUUAACGAGUGACAUUGAAAAGGCAUUUCUUCAGGUGCGAAUAAAAGUCGAAGAACGAGACGCCCUGCGGUUCCUGUGGCAGAAUCCUGGAAGUGAUGAUGUAACGGUUUAUCGGUUCACUCGAGCAUUAUUUGGUUUGACCUGUUCUCCGUUUUUACUUGGAGGAGUCAUCAACGAGCAUCUAAAGCACUGGGAAACCAAAUAUCCGAAAUUGGUAAAGGAAAUUCGUGACAAUUUGUACGUUGAUGAUUUAAUUACGGGGGGAGAGAACGCGCAAUCGGUGAGAACGAAGAGAUUGCAGGCAGUCGAGGUGUUCAAGGACGCAAAAUUCAACCUUCACAAGUGGCACUCGAACGAUUCCACUUUGGAAAGCCACGACCUGCCAAGCCCAUUCGAAGAUUUGACUUACGCUAAGCAACAGCUCGGACCACACAAAUGCGAGACGAAAAUCUUAGGACUUUCGUGGAAUAAAACAGAAGAUACCUUGACCAUUCCUACCUCGCCCCAAAAGAACAUAUCUACGAAACGUGAAGCCCUGUCGGAACUCGCUAAGGUUUACGAUCCACUCGGUUUAGUGUCUCCAUCUACGCUAAUUGCAAAGAUGCUGUAUCGUGAGAUGUGCGAAGCGAAGCUUCCGUGGGAUGGCGAGCUUAACGAGCGAUUCAAACAACGGUGGGAAGAAUGGGGAGCGCUCAUUUCAGAGAAAUUCACCAUACCUCGCACCUUGGCCCCAGCCCACCAACGUAUUUCAGCCAUUGCCCUCCACGCCUUCGGCGAUGCGAGUAAGUCUGGUGUGUCGUCAGCCGUGUAUGCAGUGGUGCAGCAAGGGGAGAUCAAAACUCAAGGUUUAGUUUGUGCAAAGUCACGUUUGGCGAAGCAAAAUCUUACGAUCCCUCGCCUCGAGCUUGUUGCAGCGCACAUGGCCGCUAAUCUUGUGUCAAAUGUCGAAAAGGUUAUCAGCAACUGUGACGAGAUCGAAACCCAUUGUUGGAGUGACUCUACCGUCGCCCUUCAUUGGAUUAACGGAAGCGGAGAAUACCGUCAAUUCGUAUCUAAUCGUGUAAGGAAGAUUCGAGAUCACGGUCACAUUCAAUGGCAUUAUGUACCGACAAAGGAAAACCCUGCGGACAUCGGUAGUCGCGGUGGAAGUACGGUCAACAACGACAUCUGGGUAAACGGUCCAGAAUGGUUAUGUCACCCGAACAAAUGGCCUACGCCUGCAGUUAUCGAAUCCACUCCAAUAUCGAGCACCGAAGCGAAAGCUGUGAAAAGAAUUCUCGGCACAACAACGGCGAUAGAUGGAGAUAGAAUGAAUGACCUCCUCGAAGCCUACAGCUUAC